AUGUUGCUAACUUCAAUUGCUAUAAUUUUGUUAAUUGGUCAAUUAGCAAACCCAUCUCCUGUUAAGCGGGAAGCCGAGGCGCAAGAUGCUAUCGUUGAAGAAACCACAGCUACUGUAGUAGAAGGUGAUAUUAUCGAAGGAGAAGCAGACGCUGCUGGAAAGGUAGCGGAAAAUGGAACAGAUGGAGAACAAGGUACCGCGGAAGGAGGGGAAGAUGAAGCAGCACCUGAAGCAGAGGGUGAAGCAGCAGCUGACGCGGAAGGUGAAGCAGCAGCUGACGCGGAAGGUGAAGCAGCAGGUGGAGAAGCAGGUAUUCCUGAAGAAGUGGCGGAUGAAGCUGCAGAAGCUACUACGAGUGAGGAAGGCGCGACAGGUGAAGAAAUGAGCUUGGAUGAUGAACCUGUCGUUAUCACAGAAGGAGAAAAUGAA